ACAAAAAAUGUCAUAUAGUAAAAUAUGCUAUGUAUUUAUUAUUUUGUAAUUACAUGAUUUGCUGUGAUCAAAUCAACAAUUCACAAAAAUUAAACUAAAGUGACACUUUUGAAUAUGUGGUUAGCCAUUUCCUGACACCACAUUUCAGACACGGAUAUAUACUGUAGGGAAAAUAUAUUUUCUUCUCUGUGGUAGUCUACUUCGUGUUCUUAACGUUGAACAUCAAAAAUGAUUAUAUUGACCAUUGUCUUGUUUUUGAUUUCAGGUACAUGUGAUGGCGUGCAGAAACUGACGUGUCCGUAUGGUCAAAAGCAUGAGGGCCUCCCCAGGGUGUGGUGUAAGCAAACCUCCACACUGUGCUGUACAGGCUUCAGCUUCAGCAAACAGAGCCAGUUUCUGGAUGCAGGCAGGCUAGAGGUGACCCAGGAUGCUGACUCCUUCACUGUGAAUGUUCUGAGCCUGGCCCAGGGAGAUGGAAUAUACUGGUGCGGUGUGCUGGCUGUCAACGAUACCAUCAUCAAACUGUCUGAGGAGUACUUCUACAGCAACAGUUUCGUUUGGGACAUUCUUCGUUGGAUUCUGAUGCCUUUGCUCCCCAUGGCCACCAUCUUCUGUUACUUUUACAGAAAACAACAAGACAAGAAGCAUGACAUCCUGUACAUGAACGAUGCAGUGACCUCAGGUCUGACACAAAAUUAUUCACAGAAUGAAGACAUGCAACAGAUAACUGAGCUGGAAUGAUAAUGAUAAUUAUUGUUUGCAUAUGCAAACUGCCAAAGUGUCUUUCAAUUGCACCCUAAUCCUAUACAGUUUAAGAUCUUCAAUGUACCUUUCUAUUAUACAUAAUUUUAUUAUACAUCAUAACUCUCAUACUACAAUUUGAACUGCGGUUUUAGAAUUAUUUGUGCUUAAUGAACCACCUUUUUAACAAAAGACAUUCAAUGUAGCUGAUCAUGGAGUAUUUAUGAUUAAUGCAUAGUUUUUGGUUUCAGUUUGAUAUCAAUGUAUUCAGUGUAAAAGUACAAGUAAUAUAAUCCAGAAGUCUAUUGUCACAUACCUUUAUGAACAUACCAUCCCUUAUAAUAUUGCAGAAAUCAAUGCUUAAUGUAUAUCACAUGCAUUUAUUUAUUUUCUUGUUUGAUACAAGUUGAUUAAAUAAAUGAUUAAAACAGCUUUCUAUACU